AUGGCAACACUAGAUAUUCCCCAGUUAGCAGCACUUUUACAGUCGACCAAAGUCAAAGACAAAAAUGAUGCUUUAACGCAACUUGAAUUCAUAACGACAUCGCGAUGGCGAUUACCACUGAAACAAUUACGAAUUCUAGCCAAUGCUAUCUUCCGAUUGCUAGAGUACGACUCACAACAAUUCAUAAGUAGCAAGUCCAAUACACAGGCAUCAGUAGCCUCUCGGUUGAAUAGGGCGAGUUAUUUUCUCAGACUAUUAGUUGAGAAAUCAAUUGCAGAUAAGCUAAACCUCAAGUAUAAAUUUUACCUAGAGAUAUGUUUCACCAUAAAAAGUUUAUUUUACGUCCAAAAUCAGCCCUUGAGUCCAUGCGCAAUUGAUUUUUCUUUGACCCUUUCUGGCAUACUAGGGAUUAAUUAUGUUAACGAUCAUCUAAGUGGAAAAGAUUGGUUUGAACUUUAUGCAUUUCUCGUGAGCGCCGCCGAGCAAUCAUUGGACGAUAUAACACAACCCAUGCAAUAUGGCGGUAUUAAUGAAAAAGUAUUGAUUGAAAUCUGGGAAGCGUUGCAAAACAUUCUCCAGUGUAAUAGAGCAACCACUACACUUCAGUUAUUUGAGAACGAAGCUUACUUCAGGAUUUUGACGUUAUUGAAUAAGACAAUAAGUGCAUUCAAGAAAGAAAACCCAAUUCACAUCACUAUUUUCAAAAUUCUCAACAAGCUUAUUGUCGUAUUAGCCACUACCGAUUUUAAAUUUGUCAACAAAUUGAUUGAAUUGGGUAUCAAGUUGAUGGUGGUGUGUAAUAAGACACACUGGGAGAAACUUCAAGACCAAUUUUUGAUCUUCUUGAACUUACAAACUACUCAUAAUUUUAUGAAUUUACUGAAAUUGCCCAAGCUUGUGGGAGAUUCCGAGAUUGAGCUAUCGUUUCUCUCCGAAGAUCCCAUCGAAUCACAAAGGAAUGUCGAGAACAGUUCAGAACUACUUCACAAUAUUGAGUUACUCAUUGUUGAGUUGCUAAAUGAUAUCAUCAUGUUACCUUCCAUUAUAUCCGGAUCCAUUGGCCCUUUCCAUUGUAACAACAAUCUUGAUUGGUUCAAUCUACGUUCGAUACGCCUACACGGUAUCGAUGCCCGGUCUUGGUUGUUUAUAACAGCAACCACAAAAUUGCUCGAAACCUACUUUGCAUUGAAAAACACUCCUCUGUUUUUGGAAGAGGUCAACAGACCAGUAAGAGCUCUGUACACGGAUGCCAACUUCAACAAUUUGGUUAGCUCAUAUAAUAUGAUUGAUUUUUGCAAUUCGAUGGUGCUGUAUCGAUCAACACCUGAAUAUCAUAACUUGAGUUUGCUCUUGAUGGUGUUUUAUCUAGAGCUUGAACCGCUUCCUAAAAAUGAGCAGGAUAACCUGCUGCAAACUAAUGACUUCCUUGGUGCCAGUGAGAAAACAAAUACUUCAUUCGACUUCACCAUAUCAGGUGUGAAUGAAACACCAGAUCUUUUAGAAUUUUUGCAGAACAUGCUGAAUACAGUAGAUUACCAAUCGGGUCACUUCUGGUUGAUAUUGUUGGCGAGGUCUACUUUGUAUAAAGUGAAUUUUCAAGAGUUGCAUGUGACAAAGAAGUAUGAUCAUCUUCGACAGAUUUUAAAGUUGGCAUUAUACGGUGUAAACAAACAACACAAUUAUUUUGCGUGCGAUUUGGUUUCUCAGCUAGUGUUGCGACUUCAUUGCAAUCCCAACAAGAUAGUUGAUGACGCGGUCAUCACUCAAUUGGACUCGAUUAUUGAUUUUCCCGGAGUAAACGGGCCAUCCAUCAAUAAUGAAAGUUUUGAAUUCUGGUAUGCAAUCAACAAACUAUCCAUUGACCUCAAUUUGGCUAAAAAAGAUAUCUUGGCUAGGAAGAUCGAUGAGUGGUUGUGUGAAAAAUGGGACUUUUUUUUCGCGGCAGAACUGCAUGUGUGUGUCUCUAUUAAUGAAUUUGUAUACUGGUUGUCUGGUUUCGUCCCUAAAACUUGUCACAAAUCUAAGCGUCAAAUUGCACCGGAGGACGUAUUCAAUACGCCGAUGCGCUUGCAAAUAUCUCGGCAACAAUUGGAGUCCUUUUUUGUAUUACUGCACUUGAUCGAGGAAGACAAUGGAUCAACGCAUGGUCCCACUCCGAUAACUCCUCAGACGAAUUUCAAUUUUUGGAAUAAAAUUGCUGCUACAUUCGGGAAGUUGAACACUGCUCCCAUAUCUUACGAAAAGCUUUUCAGUUGGAUGAUUACCCUACUGAAAAUAUCACUGAGAUUGUCUGGCUUUUUGGGCAAGCAUGAGCUUUGGGACACAUUAAACUAUCAAAUUACAGUCGGACUUGAAGCAUUUUCGACGUUUAACAUUACAGUUGAUACUGCUUUGAACAUCAUGCGCAUGACCGUUGACUACUCAUCAGAGAAUGUAGCCACUGAUUUCGACUUCCUUUCUAAGGUUCCUUUCGAAAAACUUCUCCGAUCCGUUGUGUCGAGUUUGCAAUCACGAAACAAACGAGCCAAAAGGCCAUUAGAUGACGAGGACAUUGAAUUUUCCGAAGUCAGAGAAAGUAGCGUCACCCCGGCAUCAUCUUCACUAGAAGCCAAUAGCUCUGUUGGGUUUGAUUCCUCACCUAUAUUUGACUUGAUGAGGUUCAAAGUUUUACAAUUGCGUGUGUCAGGUAAAGACGACAUGGAAGUUUUAUCACAUUUGCUCUCAUUUAUUGAACAAUUUGGUAGUGAAGCUUUCCUACUGGCUUUGCUGUUCAUAAUUGGCAACCAAGUACCAAAGAUCGAACUUGUUGGUCAUAAACAGCCCUUGAUACGAUUGUUACGACUGUUGGGUGACCGAGUUCUUUCUGAUCAGGUAUUCGAAAGAAACGAGACGGUUUUGGUUAUCGUGUCACGCAUUCUCUCGUGUUUGAUUCCGUUGCUUUCCACGUCAACGGAUGACGCAUUGUACAGAGACUGCUUUGAUAUUGUACAGUGGCUUUACGCAUUGGGAAGCAAAAAUUACAUCACCACCGAGACUGCGUUUCAAGAAUAUGUUAAAUUUUUAAUCGUAUUCAUGCAGCACAAUGACGAAAGGUUACUCUCGCAUACUAUGAUAAUGGAGGAACUUUAUCUAAAAUUUUCCAAAUCAACCAACCAUAUAAAAUCAAGGCUAGUCGGCGACUUCUCCAAAUUUGUUCAAAAUCGUGAUACUUCAAAACAAAUGGAAAUAUACUCACACUUGUUUGAGUAUUUUGUAACGCCGCAGUCUUCGGUGGAACGUGCGGCUUCGUAUGUGUUUUUCUUCUCCCACUUGGCUGCAUCUUCACCAACUAUUUUGAGAUUGGCGUUGUUUAAUCUAACAGAAUGUUCAAAGUUUGCAUUUUUUGUUCCUUACUUGAAACAAGGAUUCGAAGAGCUUUGUUUGAGGUACAACCUUUCAAGUCUGCGUGAGCUUUUUGGAACUGUAAAGUUGGACUUGCUUCGGAGAUGGUGGUUUUUUGAAUCGAUAAACUUGUUUCCGUUUACCUUGUUUAACUAUGACACUUUGUCAGUAUUUCUUGGUGAGAACUAUCGCGAAAUUACGGCGGUUGUUGUUUCAACAGAUACGAAAGCAGAGACUGAUUUCAGGACAUCGGACCGUUCAGCAGAACUUUUGUCGGCAAUUGCGAGUGUAAAGAAUAUUGCCCCAGCUGCACUAGUCAGUGAAAGCUUGUCAUUGAUUAUCCCAUUGUCUUACACCAGAGACGGAAUUAAGAAUCGUUGUUUCGAAAUCUUGAUGGACUAUAUGGGAAAAUUCAAGCUGGUGGCGAAAACUCAACUUCCAGUAAUAAUUUUGGAGAUUUUAAAGAGACUUGAUGUUUCGGAUGAGGCCGAAAUCACGAAACUUCUUCCAAGACCCGAAGCCGUAUCGCAGUUGAUAUAUCAAAAAUCUAGAGUGUUAAGCAAUACCACCGACAUUAUAGUACCAGUGCAUCCGGGUCUAGAGUUGAUCAAUAAAAUGGUGGAAAAAUACCAUACAGAAAAGUCCUUUUUUUGGUCAACAGCUACGGUCUACUUUUUGAUUCGAAGAGUAGGAAUGUCAUUGUUUCGAGAGCGUGAUCUGGAUCAGUUAUUGUUUGAGUUACGACGAAUCAAGUUGAUAUUAAUACUUGGUGGAAAAAAUGCUUUCUCGGUGGACAUAUUUGACUUGAUUGUGAAAACUUUGGCACCAUUAAUCGACAAUGAGGUUCUAUCUCAUGAGGUGUUUGCCAUUGUUUCCGCGUUUAAUGACACAUUUCAUAUUUGUUCCGAGCAACCCAGAAGUCGGAACCCGAUGCUACCACUACUCAAUGCGCUAUUGAGCAAUCGUCAUAAGGAUGGCGAAUCAUAUGAUAAGCUUGUUGAUAAGCUUAGCAUAUAUGCGAAGGGCCUACAGGGACUGGAUAAAAUAACACAUGAGAAAAAAGUUAUGGCAGCCGCUAUUAAACGAUUGAGUGGUGAACAAGCAUCAUUACAAAUCGCCGACAUUGAAGGUGUUUUGAACGAAAAAGCGAGUUUUGAUGUUAUUGCUCUUGUAUCCAAGACUUUUCCAUGUGUAGCCGAUCCCGAAGUGUUUUCAGCUAAAACUAGAAUGUUGAAGAAUAUACUUGCGUUGAGUAACGAUCAAUUGUCACAGCUAGCCGAUGAGUUCAAGCUAUGGGUAUCAAAGUGCUUUUCUAAAUACUACUUCAAAACCAAAUCGUCAAACUUGUUGGAUUUACUUCACACAGAAGAAUACAAAGGUCCAUACGAGCGCGACUUGAAGCUGGACCUGUCAUUCUUUGACGUUGUCAUGAGGGAGCUUGUUGAGUACUCUAAAAAGGGUAACUACGAUGAAGCUGCAUCCGCAGAGUCAGUUUUGGGCGUGUUUUUUAAUUUGAAGGAGGAGAAUCAGGCUUUGCUAUCGCACAUAGUGGAUGUUCAGCCAAUUUACAAUUCAAUGUCAGGAUACAUUCGGCCAUUAAAAUUUCAGGCGUGUGUAUUGCUCAAUGAUGAACCAGAUGAUAGUAUAGCUCACUCUUCACUUUCCAACAUAAUCGACACUCUCGACUCAUUUUUGGAUUCAAAUCAAGAUAGUUGGAGUUCCAAGAUUUAUUUGGCGAUUCUCAAAGAGGUAGCCGCAUUUACGAUUAUUGGAUCUAUUAUGAGCGUAUUUGUGAUAAAGGUCCCUGUAUUUGCCUCAGAGACAAUUUCACCCUUGGUUUGCUUUUACCUCAGCCUUGCAAAAUCCAAAGGGGAAGAAACCGUGAUUGCUUUGUUGAAUCGUUUUGCAAAUUUGAAAUAUCAUGGAAAUGAUGCAACCAGAGUUUUUGUGGGCAUCUUGUUGGGUAUACGGCUCGCAUCGAAAAUUUUCAAUAAUCCUUUCUUUGCUAAUGUGUAUCAAAAGGUGGAUAUACUCAAGUACUAUGAGCUAGCUUCAAUGAGUAAAAUGCACAAAUCAGCAUUGAUGCUUUUCGAAGAUGCGUUUUUUGACCAAGUAACACCGGUAUCACUUGAGAGCCAAUAUCUGACAUUGCAAAAGGUAUACGAGGGCUUAGAUGAUGUGGAUUUGAUUUAUGGUCUUCCCGAGAAUACAAGCUUAGACCAUUACUUGACUCUGAAAUUCCAAGUUGGUGCUUCUAAUAUUCAAUUCCAGUACAGCAGUGGAUACUUGGAUUCCAGCUUGAAAUUGAAUGCACCCCUUUUGGACAACUUUACAACAAUGAUGACAAGCGCUGGCAUGUUGGGGAUUUCACUGAUAAUUAGCAAAACCAUGAAUCAAUCUGUCACCGAGAACGAAACUUACGAGUGGAACUGGAAAUUAUCAAAGUGGGAUCAACCCAUACCUACAGAGGAACAAAAUGAACACCAGCUGAUAUAUAAAGUAUUAAAACAGGUGCAUGACUUUCCACAAAAUGGAGAACAUGUUUGUCGCCAAUCGCUUUUGCGACUAAUGGAUAUGCAUACAAGGGGCGACUCAAUGAGUGUAAAGGACGUACGAACAAACUUUAUGGGUUGGUUAAAAUCGUUAGCUGCAGUGACCGCCAUCGAAGAUACAGUUUGUGGUACUUCAUUUUCAACUUCAGACGAGGAGUUUCCUGACUUUGCAAAAUAUGAGAAUAUACUUUUGGCAAAGCAAACAAGUUUUCAAAUAUUGGCUGAGCACCCUCCUUCCCACACUCCUAGUGAUCUGCUUUGGUCAUUGUCUUUGAGAGAAUUGGUUUUAUACAACAAUCUUGCUCGGGUGAACAAUGAGCAACAAAAGAUGAUUUCAUCUACGGUGUUGAUCGACAAUAUCUGUAACAAGUUGCAGAAUUCACAACAUGCAUUGUACCAGAACUUGUCACAUUUAUCGCUGUUCCAACUAGCACAGUGCAUGUGGAAACAGGGUGUAACCAACGUUCCUGUUUUGAUAUUGAAAGAGUUGUACAAUGCUGGUGGGGUCGAUAUUUACGAUCAGGAAUCAAAGGUGGAUAAGUUCAUGAUUAAAGCAAUAAUGAUAGAGUGGAUGUCGGAAUCGCGUCUAGAGUUGUCGUCAACUUUAAUGGAGAACCACGUACUACCAACAGCGGAAAGGGCCUUGAGAUUGGAUGAUCAAGUACAGCAGUCAAAAAUAUUUCGAUUGUUGGCACAAUUUUGUGAUACCCAGUGCAAAUCAAAGUCAUUAAGUGAACAAAUUGAAAUAUUGGAGAAACGUGUUCAGGAAAAGGAAACCGAGAUUGGGGAAUUGAAAAGUCACUAUAGCUCUUCGCAACUUUCUUCUGAAGAAAAACGAUCAAUCAAUAAGUUCUAUUCCAAGUUGAAAGUACAAUACAAAGCAGAGUGUAUGGAUUUAGAUUAUGCUAGGGCGAGCAGGAAACAAUUUGCAGUAAAAGCGAUUGAGUACUAUUUACAUGCCAUGUGUGUGAAUGACUUCUUGGAGGAGGAUAUGGACAAAUUUUGUGCCUUGUGGUUGGAACAAUCCACCGAUGAUGAUCUUAAUGAUGUCAUAGGACCGAAGCUUCUAUCAUUACCCACGCAUAAGUUAUUGAGCUGGUGUGCUCAAUUGAUUUCGCGGUUGACAAAAGAAAUAACGAGUUUCCAAACUCUUUUGAAGCAGUUAAUCUUGCUAAUGUGUGUUGACCACCCGUACCAUACAUUGCAUUUGUUGUAUUCUUUAAAGAAACAUAAGCAGUUGGCACAGAAGGAUGCUAACCCUUUGCUUGUGUCUAAGGCGAUUGCAGCAGAAGCAUUGUGGCGGGAAUUAAUGAAUCAGAGUUUUGAUUUUGUACAUGGAACGUUGAGAAAAAUUGAGACAUUCAAUGAUGAGUGCAUCAGAUUGGCCGAGUUUAAGGUGUCAAGAGGCAAAAUAUUCAGUUUGGAAAAGCUACCGCCUGAUUACUCUUCAUUUUGGUUACAUAAUUUGCCACAAAUUCCUCCUCCUACAAAAUCUCUCAAAGUUGACAAAUCGAAAUCCUACCAGGACAUCCCUGUUAUAACCAAAAUUGAAAAGAAAAUCUCAGUUGCAUCUACUGGCUUAAGUUUGCCCAAGAUUGUCAAAUUCAUUCUUUCGGAUGGAUCAACACAUGUGAUGUUGAUGAAACAUGGAACAGAUGAUCUUCGCCAAGACUCGAUUAUGGAACAGGUGUUUGACAAAGUUCAAAAUAUAUUUGCAAGAGAUAGGGAGUGUAGCAAAAGGAGACUAGCCAUCAGGACGUACAAUGCUGUGCCUCUUGGUCCGCGAUCGGGCGUGAUUGAAUUUGUUCCGAAUUCAACAUCAUUUAUGGACGCAAUUCUGUCAUAUCAUGCCAAGAACGACAAAAUGAAACUUGAAAAGGCUCGAGAUAUAAUGCGGCAAUGCCAGAAUCAAGAUAAAAUUGAGCGACUCCAUGAGUAUCAAAAAAUUGAGGCAAAAAUUAAGCCUGUUUUGCAUAUAUUCUUCCAAGAUUGCUUCCCCACCCCAGACCAAUGGUUUGAGAGCAGAGUCAAAUACACGCACGGUGUUGCAACAUCAUCUAUAGUUGGUCACAUUUUGGGUCUAGGUGAUAGGCAUUGCAACAAUAUCCUACUUGAUAAACAAAACGGAGAACCGAUACACAUUGACCUUGGUGUAGCAUUUGACCAGGGGAAACAUUUGGCUAUUCCAGAAACUGUUCCUUUUAGGUUAACUCGAGACAUAGUUGAUGGUUUUGGAGUAACUGGAGUGGAUGGUGUGUUUCGGAAGUCUUGUCAGCAUACUAUGAGAGUUUUAAGGGAGAACAGAGAUCACAUCAUCUCCAUUUUAGAUGUGCUAAGAUGGGAUCCAUUAUACUCAUGGACAUUGUCACCAAUCAGAAAGAAGCGAUUACAAGAGGAGGAGGCUAGACUGGGAAUACAACCAGAGCAAGAUGGUUCAGAUGCGGGGCGAGCAGUGCUAGCUGUGUCUGACAAGUUAGUUGCUAGUAGCUUAAGUACCGAGGCAGUAGUGCGUGAGUUGAUACAAGAGGCGACAAGUCCUCAAAAUUUGUCGUUGUUGUAUUUUGGGUGGUGCCCUUUUUACUAG